GUUAGGUCGAUAUUUUGUUCGUCGACUGGAUUGUGGGUAGUGUUGAAGUGCCAACAUUGUAAUCUGCGACAUUAUAAAAAGCUGGAAAUGGAAAACUAUGAAAAAUAUCGUGAUAUAAACUUGUCAGAAUUGCAAAAUGAAUCUUCUAUACUGACAUCCGAAAUAGAGUCCAGGGCACACGACGCUGUUUACUCGAGAGAUGCUCUAAUGAUAACGUUUUUUCAAAACAACGCUUUACAUGUCGAGAUUGAAGCAUAUUUGGAUUAUCUGAAAAUCCACACAUUCGAGAUUCAAACUUUGCAAAUUGAUCAGCAAACACCGGAAGAUGAGCUUGAUUCGGAAAUUCGAGAGAUGAAAAAAAUGUUACAAGAAGCAAUUAAUGGAAUUCGGCAGUACGCCAAUAAAACGGAUUCUGGCAGCUGGAAUGUAAUUAGCGUUGUGCGUGAUAACAUCAAAGUUCUGCAGCAAGAAUAUUCCAAAUGCUUGGCAGAAAAGCAAAACAUUCUACAGCUUCGUGAACAAGAGGAAGCGGAUAUUCUCGCUGAACAGGAGCAAAUUAAGAUCAUCUUCGAGGCCCUGAGAAAUCAACUCACGGAAGAGGUCGCGAUCCAUAGCGAGGUAAUGUUGGAAUACAAUAAUCUGUUGUCCGAAUUAAGCUUAAAAUCUCGAAUGCUGAAGGAAGCAAUCGGAACCACGAAAAACAACUAGAUGUAAUAAUUUAUUAUUUACGGAACGUAAAUGUGUAAAAUUUUAAUGUCAAAUGACUGGAAGUUUGUGCUUACCGUUGAUAAUACAAACCAUUCAAAAAUA